GUAUAUAGAGUGUCUCUAGAGAUGAUGUAGGUUUGAUCAGACUCCACGGGCGAGUGAAUGAGGGAGGGAGUGCAGUGAGUCAGUGCACAUCCAAUGGAGCUGUGCGGAUUCUCAUGCAACUCCAGGUUAUUGAUCACAUUUCUCAUCCUUCAUAUGCUCUUUAGGGAUGGACGACGAUCUGGUGUGUGAAUAUGACUCCACCUGGGACACGGAGAGCGACGGGGACGAGCUGGAGAACACCGGCCGCAGCAAGAAAACACGGCCCGCAUUCUGGUCCAACUCUUCCUCAAGAAACCUCAGAGCGGCCAAGGACAUGCAGAACUACAGACAUGGAUAUCCAAACAUCAGUGAAGAGGAAUGUCCAGAAGAAAGAAUGACUAAUUUAAAGUUCUAUCUCAAUGAAAUGAAAUCAUCACCUGAUGAUGUGUCGAUUGAGACGUUUCACACCGAGUGGAAAACCGAUUACAAGAGGCUGGAGAGAGUUCACUCCUACAUUCAGUGGUUGUUUCCUCUGCGAGAGCCAGGGGUCAACUACAUGGCUGCAGAGCUCACCACAAAGGAAAUCCAAGCCUUCAGGGAGAGCGAUGAAGCUAAGAGUCGUCUUCUGGAUUCCUAUGAGCUCAUGCUGGGUUUCUACGGCAUACAGCUGCUCAGCAGAGAAAGCGGGGAGGUGAAGCGCGCCGAGAACUGGAGGGAGCGAUUCGCCAAUCUAGAGAGAAACAUGCACAAUAAUCUCAGAAUCACAAGGAUACUCAAGAGCCUGGGAGAGCUCGGUUUUGAGCAUUUCCAAGCCCCCCUGGUGCGCUUCUUCCUGGAGGAGACCCUCGUCAGAAAGACCCUCAGCAGCGUUAAACGCAGCGUGCUCGACUACUUCCUGUUUGCUGUGCGGGACAAGCGUGAGCGCAGGAAGCUGGUGCGCUACGCCUUUCAGCACUUUGAGCCCAAAGACAAGUUUGUGUGGUGCCCCAGAAAAAUCCAGAAACGCUUCAAGAAGAAGUCGGAGAAGCGGCAGAACUCUUCAGCUGGCAGUGAAGAGAGUGCAGCGCAGAACGAAGAUCAUUCACGAUACAAAAACAAGGACCGAGAAGCCACAGGUGAGCUAAAACAUAGCAAGCCAGUUGUUGAUCUUAUAGAUGCAAAGAAGGAAGUCGACAAUGACUCUGUAAUGAGAGUGGACUCUGAGAAACAAUCUGAGGGCUCUUCAGAAGAUCAGGAGCCCAAUCCAGACGCUGCUUCUGUAGAAAUGGCUCUCAAUAAUGGCUCCAGUGUUAACAACGGAGACACGGUCAGCAAUGAACCAAGCAGUGCUGAAGGUCAACAAGUCGUCCAAAAACCUGAAGAAUCACUGGAGAGCUCAAACUGGGAACAUGUAGCUGGUUCUAGAGCAGGAUCAGCAGACUGCAACGAGCCUCGGGAAGAGAUGGACAGUCCUGCUGAAGCCCAGGAGGAACAUGGAGGAACUGCCUCUGGUACGAAAGAGGACAGGACAGUGACUGACAGCCCUAAACACAAUUCACCAACACAGUCUGAGACCAACACCAGGCCUGACUUGAUGAAGACGAGCGUCCAAUCAGAGAACCAUGAGAAGAAUGGAAUGAACUGCAACCAGUCGAAUGGAUCGGAGAAGGAAGAACCAAUGGACAUUGUGGACAUGAGUUCAUACCUUGCCCAUCAAUGAUUCCUGAACAUGACAAAGCACUGAAAAUGGACACUUUAUGAACUUAUAACAAGAUUUUUUUAAGGUUUUUUUCCCUCUAAAUAAGGAAUUUGUUCAAACAUGUUUUCUGUGUUGGUUCAGUUUUGAUGGGGACAAAUGUUUUGUUAUAGCUGUUUUUUAUUUUGUUGUUGUUUUUUUUAGUUUGAAUGUUUAUUUCAUAUUUACAGGUUUUCCAAGCCUUUUUUUUUUUACUGAAACUGUAAAAAAAGAAUGUACAUUAGACUAAUAAGAACCAACUAUUGAUAAAAAUAUGAUUAGAUUAAAUGCAUAGUUAGGAUACUGUUUUUCAGCAGACAUACUGUAUUUUUGCUGAUGCUGUCCCUUAACUCAUGAUUUUACUGAUAUUCCUGAAUUCAAAUGUUUAUUUUACAUCUGCAGUCAUAUAAACUAUAUAAAAUGAUUAAUAACAAAAUAAGCUCUAUUAUCACAGGUUGUAUAAAUCAAUCCCUUAGUGAUUCUUUAAACAUGCAGUAACUCCAAAUUUAGAAUUACAAUUUCACCCACAGUACCAUAAAUUAACUCUUCAUGAAGUAUUCUAGAAUAAAUAAAAACAAAUUGUCAACUAUGAAA